AAAUAACAUAAGCUGGCGGAUACUGAUACUGAUUCUCACAUCAGGGAAAUUGCUGAUAGCCCUAAGAUCUAAAAGGCUUACUUUCUGGCAAAUUCAGGCUAUAUCGAGCACAGAACUUUGAUUUUAAAGCUUUUGCCCCAUAUCCUCUUUCCGGGUUUCCCGGUCGACCAGCUCUCUCCCUCCCCAAAAGUCAAUUUCCCUCUCUCCCUUAAUCAAUCAAAGACAGAUCGACAGAAAUGAGUUCAACAAUGCGAGCAGUUGAUAUCAAAACCGGCAAAGGCGCCGCCACAGCCCUUUACAUCACUGACAUCCCCAAACCUACCCCAUCCAAAGGUGAAGCCAUUGUAAAAAUUAAAGCUUUCGGUCUAAACCGUAUGGAUCUUUUGCAGAGAAAUGGCCAGUACCCUGUUCCUCCUCAGGCACCGAAGACACUUGGCGUGGAGUUUAGUGGUAUCGUUGAGAGUUUGGGGGAGGGGUGUAAGGAUGGGUUUAAGGUGGGGGAUGAAGUGUUUGGAUUGGCGUAUGGCGGUGCCUAUGCGGAAUUCAUUGCAGUGAGCACUCACAUGCUUCUCCACAAACCUCAUCACCUGAAUUGGGAUGAGGCGGCGGGAGUUCCGGAAACUUGGAUCACAGCCACCCAAGCCAUGUACCUAGUCGGUAGUUUCGAAAAAGGGAAGAGCAUCCUCUGGCAUGCAGGCGCCUCCAGCGUCUCCAUUUCUGGAAUACAAUUGUCGAAAAUCGGCGGUGCGAGCAAAAUCUAUGUAACUGCUGGAUCUCAGGAGAAGAUCGAUUUCUGUGUGAAAGAGCUUGGUGCUACUGCUGGCUUCAACUACAAAACGCAGAAUUGGUCGGAGGAGAUCCUGAAAGCUACCGAUGGCAAAGGAGUUGAUGUCGUCGUCGACUUUGUCGGCGCGAACUACUUCCAAGGAAACCUCGACGUCGCGGCUCGAGAUGGAACUAUUGUCCACUUGGGAGCGAUGUCUGGAACCAAGCUACCGAAUGGUGUUGAUAUUGGUGCUUUUGUUCGGAAGAGAAUUACUUUCGUGGGAAGCAGUUUGAGAAGCAGAGACCUUGAUUACCAGGGGAAGUUGAGAGAUACGCUGGAAACUUAUUUGCCCCAGUUUGAGGAUGGGACGUUCAAGAUUUAUGUUGAUAAGGUCUUCCCUUGGGAGAAGAUUAUUGAGGCACAUGAGGAAAUGGAGAAGAAUACUUCUCAAGGAAAGAUAAUCUGCACUAUAUCUUAAGCAGAGGCACGUUAACAUGUCAACAUGUCGGGCCUGGUGUGCAGCGUAGCUUUUGUUAACUUAAUGGAUGCAAGAGGAGCUGAACCGUAGUCAAGGGCCGCAAGUUGAGAAAAUGAGAAGUAAAUGUCGUCUUUUAAGAUAGGAUAUCAAGGAUGAAUAGCAAUGGCCAGCUCAACUUUGGUCAGAUGAGUGUGUGGAUGUUCAGAGUCUCCUUGGCCAGUUCGUUCACUUAAUAGUCAACUAGUGCUAAGUUCAAUGCCUG